AUGGUUAAAUUAUUUCAACAUACUUUUAAAUACGAGUAUAACUGGGACAGUGUAACUUUGGCCUUCUGGUUACGUUAUCCCAAUCCUUUCGCAUCGCACGUUGAAAGUGUUGACGUAAUUGAUAGAUAUGUUGAUCCCAAAACUGGUUCGUUAAGGACUACAAGGUUAAUCAUGAAGCGAGGGGUUUUGCCUAAAUGGGGUCAGGGGUUUAUAAAAAAUCCAGAAGCCUAUAUUAUUGAAGAGUCCAUAAUUAAUCCCAUAACUCAAACAAUGAUUACACGCACAAAGAAUAUAACACACGCUCGAGUUAUGCAAGUUGAAGAAUGGCAAACUUUUCGAGUGGAUCCUAAUAAUCGAGAAUUUACUCAAGUGAAAACCGAAGCUAAAUUCGUUAGUAAAUUUGGAUGGGGAUUAACUGAAAAACUUGAAGGUUUUGGAUUGAAAAGAUUUGCAGAUAGUUCUUUAAAGAGUCGAAAAGGAAUGUCCUAUAUUUUGGAAAGGAUUCGUGAAAAGCAAUUAUUACGUGGAAGAAAAUUAAUGAACGCGUAUUCAAUUUAA